AUGAAAGCCUGUCGACUCUUGUUGCAGCAGCCGUCCAGGCAUUCUCUCAAGCCGUUUGCACAGGCUUCUCGGCAGCUUGCGAGCAACGACAUCUUCUCGAGCAAUCGUUACAUCGACCAGGCUAGAAGGGCGGCAGACGACCGUCGUUCGUCACUCGAUCCGGCAUGGCUUCGUCGUCCGUCGCAAAACACAACGCUCGGUCUUGCGAAUGCAUCGCAUUCAUUCCCGGUCGACCAAGACAAGCACAUGCUUCUUCGUUCGGAGUCGUCGAACGAUGCCCAACAGUCCGGCAGGCCGCCGAGCCACAGGCGCGGCAUUACCGACCACGAAUACCAGACAAGAGUUGGCAAGGCGUGCAGAGUCAUCAUCGACAGUCUUCCUGACUUUAUGCACAAGGGCGUAGUUGACAUCCAAGACCUCGAAGCUGACGAAGCAUCGACUUCAUCCUCUCGUACGCCAUCCGCAUGGAGUGCGAGAAAUCUGCUCCCAAGUCUGUCGCCAUUUCUCGGCCAGAGUCUACUUCGCCGAUCUGCUUGGUCGGAUACAGGCAAGGACAAAUCGAAAGACGACACAGCGGCGACGGCAAAAGAUGGCCACGAUUUCGACAGUCUCUACCACCCUUCUAUCGCUUUCGAGUUCCGACCGCCGCUCCCACACCUUGGAAUUGGCAAGUCAGACGACGUUCCCACCAGCGGAAAGCCGACCGCAAGCGCCGGUACAUUCUCAGAUACGAGCGGCAGCCAAGACGGAAGCGGCAGGUCACUCGACGUCUACGGCGAGCAUGCUCGCGGUGGUCCUACCAUCUGUUUCAACGGUCGCACCCUGUACGUGGCGAGCUCGCAUCUGCUCCGACAUGCCCUCUCAGCACUGUUCCACGACACUUCGAUCCAUCUCGAAUCGGCUCGAUUCGAAGGUCGCUCCAAAGCAGGAAGCUCAUGGCCUGGCAUCAGCUCGUAUGUCAGGCGCAGCACGCAGAGCGACCUCAAUUCCGACAACGUCCAUGCCGAUGCUUCGUGGAAAGACAAGCUUGUUGUCAGGCUGCGUUUCGAAGGCAUCUCCCGUGUGACCUCACAUCCGCACACGUAUACGGCCAUCUUCAAGUACGAAUUUGAACGCAGCACAGGCAUGAUCGCCAAACACUUGGUCGACAACAUCCAGCCUGUCCCUGGAAGCAAAGUAUGGGCAGGCUUGAGCCAUGCAUGGGGUGCAAUGAGCCCUGCAGCAGCCGGUGGAGGUACAGCUGCUUGCUCAGCGUCCAAAGCCGUUAGUCGCGGUACUCCCCGAGUUGUUGACCUGCCUCUCUCCUGA